CAAAAACUUUAUUGUUAGUCUUUGGACCCUUUCGAUCAUCGGAAAAGCUCUUUUCGAAGUCGCCUAACUACUAGUAGUAGUUGGAAUUUUUUAUUUUUAUUUUUUUCUCUUGAAGUUGAAUUCCAUAUACUUUUUCUUUCUCGGUGUAGUAUCUCUUUUGUGGAAUUCUCGAGAUCUGAUUGUUUCUCAAGCUUUGUAAUUUUGGGUCAAACCAGUAGUAACAAUGGUGUGGCUUUUUGUCAAUGUUUAUGCGUAACAAUGGGAUCUUUUCUAUUUUUUUGAGUAAAAAAUAGUCGCAUCUCAUUUUGGAGAAAAAAGAAAUUUUGACGCUCUUCUCUGUUACUAUCAAAGUUUUGGUUUUUGGGUGGGUUCAAUGGAGGAGACUGUUGGUAGCUCCAAUUUGAUGGAAGUGGGUAGCUCAAAUUCGUCGGGUCAGCUUUCCGGGCGGGUGGUUGACACAAGAGGCAAACACAGGAUCCAUGCCGAACUCAAUAGGCUCCAACAAGAAUCUCGCUUCUUAGAGGAAGAGCUGGAGCAGCUCGAAAAGAUGGACCAUGCAUCAGCUUCUUGCAAAGAGUUCUUAGACAGUGUUGACAGCAAACCAGAUCCUCUUCUUCCCCAAACAAUAGGUCCAGUGGAUGCAACAUGGGACCAAUGGUUCGAACGCCCUAAAAAAGCAAAACGAUGUGGCUGCUUCAAUUUUUAAUCAUCCAUAUCCUCCUACUCCUACGUUACCCUUUUUCAAUCUAUAUUUCUUCUUACAACAGCUUGCCUUUUUUAUUACAUUCACCGGCAUUUAAAUUGUUGUAAUUGGCAAAAAAAAUGAAAAUCAUUUGUGCAGAUAAAAUCUAUUUGAUAUUGAUCAAUGUGUGUGUUGAUUUUUAAUUUACAAAGAACAACAGUGAUUGUCUGUAACAAACCAUUAUUCUUUUUCUUUUCAGACUUGAUAUUGUAGAAACAGUGUCAUACUCAAUAAAGAAAUGAUUUCAGCA